AUGGCGUCUGGCGGCGAUGGCGAACAAGAGAGGUUUCCUCAAUUUACUCCUUCAAACUAUGAAAUCCCGUCCUGGCAAAUCGAAUGGAAUAAACCCUGGUACCAGCAGUUCGACGAAAAACGAAAUGUUCAAGGCAAAUACAAUUCUAGGGGGCAUGUGGUGGAUUGCAGAUGUUCAUUAUGCGAAGAGGAUAUGGAAAGUGCAUUUAGCCCGCAACCGAGUGAUAUACCGCACGUUUUUAACAUUUCUACAGACAACUCUGGAAAAGAAGCAUUUCCUUACCCACCUCAAGUGAAGAAGGAAAAGCCACAAAACCAAACUAGCGAACGUGUAAUUUUAUUUUCCGAUCUACCGGAAGUUACUCCGACUUCAUCGAAACAAACCGCGGAAGAACGAAAUACGUCAGCGAGAAAUAUUUCAGAGAACAGAACUUCGCGAGAUACGGAAGGGAUUUCUGGCCUUAACAGCGACGCAUUAUUCAAUAGCAUUACCACUCUAUCUUCAAUCCAAUCUAUUUCAGGUCGCGUUACAGACAUUCAAACUCGUGUCAAUAAUUUUUCUGGUGCGGAAGACAGUCGAGAAUUUAUCGUUCUCAGGGGACUGCUAGUUUCCACUUUAGCGGAACUAAAUCGAAUCAACGCCUCUCAAACAGCGUGGCUCCAACAGGCAAAGCAUAUCGCAAUGCAGUCGAUCCACGAUUUGCUUACGCAGUUGAAAAGCAAAAUUAGCGACGAUGACGACUUUUAG